UCCUUUCUUUAGCUCCCACUGCUGUCCUUCCUCUCAUAGGCUUAUAUCUUCCUCCUCGCCCCUUCCCUCAAUCCAUAGCUACUAGAAACUUCUACAGCUCUUCCUCUCUGCCUCAAAUCAAUCAAUCAAAAUGUCGUGGCAGGUAUACGUUGAUGACCACUUGAUGUGUGACAUCGAGGGUAAUACCCUCACUUCCGCUGCCAUCAUCGGCCACGACGGCAGCGUUUGGGCCCAAAGCGCUUCCUUCCCUCAGUUCACCCAAGAAGAAGUGAGCGCGAUCAUGAAAGAUUUUGAGGAACCCGGAUCUCUUGCACCAACUGGGUUGUUCCUUGGUGGCACCAAGUACAUGGUGAUCCAAGGCGAACCUGGAGCUGUUAUCCGAGGAAAGAAGGGUUCUGGUGGUGUCACUGUCAAGAAGACCAAUCAGGCACUGAUAAUUGGCGUGUAUGAUGAGCCUCUAACUCCCGGUCAAUGCAACAUGAUUGUGGAAAGGCUUGGUGAUUAUCUAAUUGAUCAGGGCCUUUAGUCAUCUAGUUGCUGGUGUUUAAAGUUGAAGUUGGGUCUAAGUGUGACGUUGAAGUUGUUUGACACUCUGUUUUGAGGUGAUAGACGUGGCUUCUCGUGUAUGAAAUAUCUGUGUUCCUAAUAUCAGACUUCUGAAUGGAAGUGUGUUGAUUUAUUAUACUGGAAUAUUUACCUGCGAGGGAUUUAAUGGAUUUGAGAUUGAAGUUUUUUGUUA